GGCUCCUCCUCCUCCUCCUCCACCAUGGAUUCGGAUUCCGGGGAACUGAGCGACGGGGAGCUGGUUUCCUCGGCAGGUCCUGAUCAUUUUAGCUCAAAGAGUCUUGCGCUGCAAGCCCAGAAAAAGAUCUUGAGCAAAAUGGCCACCAAGACCAUGGCUAACAUGCUCAUCGACGACACCAGCAGCGAAAUCUUUGACGAGUUGUACAAAGUGACGACCGAGCACCUGAAAAACAAGAAGGAAGCACACAAAAUCAUGAAGGACUUGAUCAAGGUGGCCAUCAAGAUUGGGAUCCUCUACCGAAACAAUCAGUUCAAUUCGGAAGAGCUGGAGAUAGUCGAAAAAUUCCGCAAGAAGCUGAACCAAGCGGCCAUGACGAUUGUCAGUUUUUACGAGGUGGAGUACACGUUCGAUAAAAACGUUCUGUCGGGACUCCUGAACGAGUGCAAAGACCUUGUGCACGAACUAGUAGAACGGCACCUGACGGCCAGGUCCCAUGCACGAAUCAAUCACGUCUUCAACAAUUUUGCGGAUCUGGAGUUCCUCACUGCCCUCUAUAGCUUCGGUGGAGACUGCCGGCCACACCUCAAAAAGAUCUGUGAUGGGAUCAACAAACUACUUGAUGAGAAAAUCCUUUGAAACUUUGCCUUUUUCAAACAACAACAACAACAGACUUAAUUAAAAGAUGCAAAUAGAGAGUUGGGACAGAAAUAUGAGAGUAAGCUUCCUUUAUAAUACCCUCCCCCCCCCCCAAAUGGAA